UGAGAGCGAACUUGGCAUCCAUUUGGUAUUUGUGUCUGUUUUCCUCUUGAAAUAGGCUGAUGUGUCGGCAAGAAGCUCUGGCUGUUGUCAGAGACGGGAACAUCUGUGCCGCUUUGCAGAAAAGUCAGGAUCCUAAAGUGUGACUGCCACCCCAUCUGUCUCCUCAUUAAGGGAGUUGAGCCUCCACUGCUCUGCCCGUGCACCGAGCAGGAAGACGUGGCUUCUGGCUCCGGACUUGGCUUUUGCAGACCACGUGGCAGAACGAUUUUCCAGCAGUGGAAUCUAAGGCCGUCACACAGUGUGCACACUUGGGGCAGAGCAUCUUUGUCGUCUUCUCGGGACACCAGUCCUGUUGGAUCAGCGUCUACAGUGACCUCAUCUUAAUUUGAUUGCAUCCAAGGACCCUCUUUCCAACAGGGGUAGACACGUGUGGCCGGCCACCCCGCAGGAGCCAGGGGCACCAGCUUCGGACGUCCUCCCGCUCACAAUGCCGCCCCCCGCGGACAUCGUCAAGGUGGCCAUACAAUGGCCGGACGCCUACCCCAAACUCAUGGAAAUCGAUCAGAAAAAACCGCUGUCUGCCAUAAUAAAGGAAGUCUGUGAUGGGUGGUCGCUGGCCAACCACGAGUACUACGCCCUGCAGCACGCCGACAGCUCCAACUUCUACAUCACGGAAAAGAAUCGCAAUGAAAUAAAAAAUGGCACUAUCCUUCGAUUAACCACAUCUCCGGCUCAGAACGCCCAGCAGCUCCACGAGCGCAUCCAGUCGUCCAGUAUGGACUCCAAGCUGGAAGCCCUGAAGGACUUGGCCAGCCUGUCCCGGGAUGUCACCUUCGCCCAGGAGUUCAUCAACCUGGACGGCAUCUUGCUCCUCACCCAGAUGGUGGAAAGCGGCACCGAACGAUACCAGAAGCUGCAGAAGAUCAUGAAGCCAUGCUUUGGAGACAUGCUGUCCUUCACCCUGACGGCCUUCGUUGAGCUGAUGGACCACGGCAUCGUGUCCUGGGAUACGUUUUCAGUGGCGUUCAUUAAGAAGAUAGCAAGUUUCGUGAACAAGUCAGGCAUGGACACCUCCAUUCUGCAGCGGUCCUUGGCCAUUCUGGAGUCAAUGGUGCUCAACAGCCACGAUCUCUACCAGAAGGUGGCGCAGGAGAUCACCAUCGGGCAACUCAUUCCACAUCUUCAAGGGACCGACCAGGAGAUCCAGACCUACACCAUCGCAGUCAUCAACGCGCUGUUCCUGAAGGCCCCUGACGAGCGGAGGCAGGAGAUGGCGAAUAUUUUGGCUCAGAAGCAGCUGCGCUCCAUCAUUUUAACACACGUCAUCCGCGCUCAGCGGGCCAUCAACAACGAAAUGGCCCACCAGCUGUAUGUGCUGCAGGUGCUGACCUUCAACCUCCUGGAGGACAGGAUGAUGGCCAAGAUGGACCCCCAGGACCAGGCUCAGAGGGACAUCAUAUUUGAACUUCGAAGAAUCGCUUUUGAUGUGGAGUCGGAGCCCAACGCCAGCAGUGGCAGCAUGGAGAAGCGCAAGUCCAUGUACACCCGGGACUAUAAGAAACUUGGCUUCAUCAAUCACGUCAACCCCGCCUUGGACUUCACCCAGACCCCUCCCGGGAUGUUGGCCUUGGACAACAUGCUGUACUUCGCCAAGCAGCACCAGGACGCCUACAUCCGGAUCGUGCUUGAGAACAGCAGCCGAGAAGACAAGCACGAGUGUCCCUUCGGCCGCAGCAGCAUCGAGCUGACCAGGAUGCUGUGCGAGAUCCUGAAAGUGGGCGAGCUGCCCAGUGAGACCUGCAACGACUUCCACCCGAUGUUCUUCACCCACGACAGAGCCUUCGAAGAGUUCUUCUGCAUCUGCAUCCAGCUCCUGAACAAGACAUGGAAGGAGAUGAGGGCGACUUCUGAAGACUUCAACAAGGUAAUGCAGGUGGUGAAGGAGCAGGUUAUGAGAGCUCUUACAAGCAAGCCUAGCUCCCUGGACCAGUUCAAGAGCAAGCUGCAGAACCUGAGCUACACCGAGAUCCUGAAACUCCGCCAGUCUGAGAGGAUGAGCCAGGAAGAUUUCCAGUCUCGCCCGAUUUUGGAGCUCAAGGAGAAGAUUCAGCCAGAAAUCUUGGAGCUGAUCAAACAGCAACGUCUGAACCGCCUCGUGGAAGGGACCUGCUUUAGGAAACUCAACAGCCGGCGAAGGCAAGACAAGUUCUGGUAUUGCCGGCUGUCACCAAACCACAAGGUCCUGCAUUAUGGAGACUUGGAGGAGAGCCCUCAGGGAGAGGUGCCCCACGAUUCCUUGCAGGACAAACUGCCGGUGGCGGACAUCAAAGCGGUGGUGACGGGAAAGGACUGCCCCCAUAUGAAAGAGAAAGGUGCCCUUAAACAAAACAAGGAGGUGCUCGAACUCGCUUUCUCCAUCUUGUGCGACUCAAACUGCCAACUGAACUUCAUCGCUCCUGACAAGCACGAGUACUGCAUCUGGACCGACGGGCUGAACGCACUGCUGGGGAAGGACAUGCUGAGCGAGCUGACGCGCAACGACCUGGACACCCUGCUCAGCAUGGAGAUCAAGCUCCGCCUGCUGGACCUGGAGAACAUUCAGAUCCCCGACGCCCCCCCGCCCAUCCCCAAGGAGCCCAGCAACUAUGACUUUGUCUACGACUGUAACUGAAGUGGCUGGCCCAGAAGCAGCCCCGCCCAAACUGGGAGAUCUGGCUCCGGAGAGAAGAAGGAGAACACGCCCACGCCUUGGCACCCUCUUGUGGCAAAGGGCAGCUGUGCCCACACUCCCUUCAGCCCUGCCUCUAGCCCCGCCAUUGUUCUGCCCCUGCCCGGCAUCUCGCUCCAUGCCUGGCAUCUCGCUCCCUGCCCGGCAUCUCGCUCCCUGCCCUGAUUCUGUUCCCAGACGCCACUGCUCUAGGUCAGCUCCCCUUGCUGCCGUCUCCUGGUGGGACAUGAGCAAAACCCUCCCCCAGUAAGAGCGCCAAAGGGCCCCCAUCCAGAUCCCCAGCAGCUCCAGACUGUCCCCCAGCAGCCUGCAGACCCAGGGAGGGCCCCACACCAGGCUUGUGUCUGGAAGAAAGAGCCCAGCUACUAGAGAAGACCCCACACCGCCUCCUCGUUCCCCUUGUCUCCAGAGUCAGCUCACGCCACCAGGUCCACGUGAGCUGAAAUCUGCUUUCAAAUGCUCUGCCUCCUCCACCCCAGCCUUGGCCGUGGCCUUGCCCUGGUCCUUUCCGGUCCCAAGAGCAGCAGCUGCCGCCUCAUCCUCGUUCUCAGCAGCCUUGGGUCCCCAGACACAGUCCCCAGGUCCCAUGCCCACUUCACGUCUGCACUGUGACCUUGACCAGCCUCUUCCUCACCAGCUAGUCUUGGGUUUCCACCCCCUGCCCCAGCCCGCACCUGCCUUCUCCACAUCCACCCACUCUCCCAGCCCCUCCGCUGAAAGCACAAAGGGUAAAGUGAGUCACACUCCAUCUGUGCCAUCCAGGACCCACAGGCCUCUGCGACAGGCGGCUUGCUCUCCGAGGGUCUGUGUUACCUUCUCCUGGGGGUGGGGGUGGGCGGAUCUGCUGCAACACAGGCUCCACAGGAGGUCAAGGUGUCAGACAUCCAAGUUUACAUCACUGCAGUUAUUACAGGUGUUGACAAUUUGCAAGGGUUUAGGGUUGAUUGGUUUGGUUUUGGU